GCGCGCCCCGCGAGCAAUCAUGGAUAAUAGUGAACCUGUCAAACCGCAGCGGGAUGCGAGCGAUUACAGUAUACAGUUGAAUCGUUGGUUCCUAACGCCUGUGGGCGCUUGGCCAAGUUCAGUCACGACGACAGUCAAGGAGAAGGUGGUCUCGACAAUACUGAUUAUCAUUUGCUACUCCCUGAUAGGCUUCACGGUCAUACCCUGUAUCCUAAACAUCCUGUUCGAGGAGACGGACGGGCAAAAAAAAAUACAUGCUGUGGGUCCAUUAAGCCACUGGUGCAUGGGCGGCAUGAAUUAUUUUUCCCUCCUCUUUCGCAGCCGCGAAAUACAUCAUUGCGUGCAGCACAUGAAGACUGACUGGCAGAUGGUGACGAAAUUCGAGGACCGGCAAGUGAUGCUGAGAUACGCCAAAGUCGGCCGUUUCGUCGCCGGAAUGUGCGCAAUCUUCAUGCACGGCGGCGUAUUCUCGCACAGCGUGCUGCAAGGCAUCACGCCAACGUACGAGAAAAUCGGCAACAUAAGCGUGUUGGUGCACGUGUUACCGUGUCCCUCGUUCAGCAAGUUCAUAGACAUCAAGCAGAGCCCGGAAGGCGAGAUCGCGCUAAUACUGCAGCUCAUUUCGAGCAUUGUCGUCAAUUCCGUCACGGUCGGCGCUUGCAGUCUCGCGGCGGUGUUUGCGAUGCACGCGUGCGGCCAGUUAAAUGUGCUGAUGAAGUGGCUGGACCAGCUGGACGAUCGAAAGCAGCAAGGCGCGGCACAACAUCAAUUGGCGAUCAUUGUGGAGCAUCAUCUGAGAGUAUUAAGUUUUGUAGCGCGGAUGGAAGCACUUUUGAAUCAGAUAUGUUUUGUGGAAUUGCUAGGAUGUACGUUUAACUUAUGUAUGCUCGGAUAUUACGUCAUUACGGGAUGGAAUGUAAUAGAGAAACAAACGUGUAUAGCAAUGAUGCUUAUAUAUAUAUCCAUGACUUUCAACAUUUUUAUAUUCUGUUACAUUGGCGAAGUAGUCACGGAACAGUGUAAACAAGUAGGCGAAGUAGCCUAUAUGAGUAACUGGUAUCAUUUGCCUCAUAAAACGGCACGUGGUAUGAUCUUAAUUAUUUCUCGAUCGAGUAGCGUGAUUAAAUUAACUGCAGGGAAACUAGUUCAUCUUUCUAUCGCAACUUUCGGUGAUGUGAUGAAAACCUCCAUGAUAUAUCUAAACAUGCUUCGGACCAUGACGGCUUCUUAGAAAACAACAAUUACACCAUUUUGUACAAAGCGUUAGCAAAUUCUCUGUAGCUAUCACUAUAUAACUUUACAUAUAU